AGCUCGCCGAUCCAACGGAUCCAGUAGAUCGAAAGGCGUAACUUCUUUAUUUUCCCCAUUCGGCCAACGUUGUCGGAUCUGAGUCGAAAUAGUUCGGUAUAGAUGCUACACAUGGGCUGUCGUCCUCGUUUGUGAUCUGCUCUUGCUUUGCCACGUUCAGAGGUAGAGAAGGAUGAAGGUGAACCUUGUGUCUCGCAGUGGGAGGGAGGUCGUCAAGGGUGGGAUUGAACUUACCGAUGAGGCUACUGUGAGCGAUUUACAGGAAGCUAUACAUGCUCGAAUUAAAAAAUAUUAUCCUUCAAGACAACGCCUUACCCUUCCCCUGCAAGCUGGAUGUAAAGGAAAACCAGUGGUGCUUAUCCCAAAGAAAAAAUUAGCAGACUAUUGCGAUGGGAAUGCGAACAACCUAACUGUUGUUUUCAAGGAUUUAGGUGUUCAAGUUUCUUACAGCACUCUUUUCUUCUGGGAGUAUUUGGGUCCUUUAGUUAUCUAUCCAGUUUUCUACUACUUUCCAGUGUACAAGUACUUCGGUUAUGAGGGUGAACGUACUAUUUACCCAGUCCAGACAUAUGCGUUGUACUAUUGGUGCUUCCAUUAUUUCAAGCGUAUUCUGGAGACUUUCUUUGUUCAUAGAUUCAGUCAUGCAACUUCACCUCUCUCCCAUGUAUUCAGAAACUGUGCCUAUUACUGGACUUUCGGAGCAUACAUUGCUUACCAUGUGAAUCACCCACUGUAUACACCUGUUGGUGAUUUUCAAAUAAAGAUUGGAUUCACAUUUGGGUUGAUUUGCCAGCUCGCAAACUUCUACUGUCAUCUCAUCUUGAGGAACCUCAGAAGCCCUGAUGGUAAUGGUGGUUACCAGAUUCCUCGUGGGUUUUUGUUCAACAUAGUGACUUGUGCAAACUACACCACAGAGAUCUAUCAAUGGCUUGGUUUCAAUAUGGCUACUCAAACAAUACCAGGUUGUGUGUUCCUUGUAGUGGCUACUCUCAUUAUGACUAACUGGGCCCUUGCAAAGCACCGGCGACUCAAGAAGUUGUUUGAUGGAAAAGAGGGGAGACCUAGGUAUCCACGACGAUGGGUGAUACUCCCUCCGUUCAUGUAAGCUGCAGCAAUUUCUGGGUGUAUGCUUCUCGGAUUUGAAUAUUCAAGUAUAAUCGUUUUGUAGAAAUAUCAAAGCGCUUAUGGAAUGUAAGAAGUCGUUGGCCCACUGGGUUACGUGCAUGAUAUGUACACCUGAAAUUUCUUCUUUCAUUGUACGUUCAACUUUAGUUUUGUUCUAUGGAUUUUCUCGUCUUUUGUGCACGGGAGACCUUCGUAAA